GAACACGUGACCUGUGGAGUGAAACGUCGCACGAGCUGACUGAGUCAGCAGUUUGUCCACAGUCGGCUGACAACGUAGACAACAUUAUUUCCUUCCUUUUUAAAAGCUCCCUCGAGGCGUUUGUCUUACCCAGGUUAUUCCACCGGUUCCCAGCUACCACACAGAUUAUGUUUCCGCACAGAGACCUCAUACACGGACCUUCUGGGUUGGCCACUAGUGGAAACCUCUCUACGUUGUGCCCCAAUGGGUCCGAAUGGGUUUGGGAAGGUCUCGGCGAAUGCGCCCAGGAUGCUAGAGAUAUGGCCAGCAUCUACCUGGGCCUGCUGUCCAUCCUCUGCUUCAUGAUGUCCUCGUUGCCGCAGUACUACAGCUCGUGCAAAACGGGUAAUAUGGACAGCGCCCUCUCCAUUUGGUUUCUGCUGCUAUGGCUGGGGGGUGACACCUGCAAUCUGGUUGGCUCCUUUCUGGCAGAUCAGCUUCCACUUCAGACGUAUACUGCGGUUUACUACGUUUUGGCAGACCUGUUGAUGCUGGCCAUGUACUUGUACUACAAGAUGAAGAACAAAAUGGAUGAAAACAGGAGGGUUUUACACAUGGUGGGUGUGACCUGCAUCCUGAGCUGCGCUACAGGCCUCACGCACCUCCCUUGGUGGGGCACUGCCCGACAGGAAGUGAUGCCCUUGGGGUACAGAGGGCGCACGUUGCUCUCCAAUGUUAAUCUCGCCACCGUCAGGUCUUUCACUCCCAAAGAGAUCAUUGGUUUCUCCAUCGGCUCUGUGUCGUCUGUGCUCUACCUGUUUUCCAGACUUCCUCAGAUGUACACCAAUUUCAAGAGGAAAUCCACCGAGGGUGUCUCUUACUUCCUGUUUGCGCUGGUCAUCCUGGGAAACACCACAUACGGCCUGAGUGUGCUGCUGAAGAACCCAGACCAGGGCCAAGGAGAGAACAGCUACGUCAUCCAUCACCUGCCCUGGCUCAUUGGCAGCCUCGGAACGCUCUCCCUGGACCUCUGUAUUUCCAUCCAGUUCUUCAUUUAUCGCAAAGCAGCAGCGAGGCUGGAUGCCAGUACCCCAGAGACAACUCCUCUGAUGGGGAGCUAAAAACCCCCUCACCCCCACGAAACCACUCAGUCCUCAAGAUCACUCACAAUCACAGUGGAAAUAGUUUAUUUUUUAGUUGUAUAGUUUUAUUUAUUCUACUCAUGUUUUGUGAUUUUUACCAGAGGGAUGAUAUUACUGGCAUUCCCGCUGAGCCCCAGGCUUAGUUUUAAAACGGAGCAAAGGGUUUUUAGGACGUUUUGACUGAAAGGAAAACGGAUAUUUCUCGUAUUGAUGUUAACACAAUCUUAAAAGAAAUAUUUUACAAGUUGCCAAAUAUUUGCUGCUGCAUGAAUUCCUGUGAUCAGGUUUACAUAACAACUGCAAUUUUAACUUUAUUUUUAUUAUUUUGACUUGUAAAUGUAGACGCGUAUUUACAGUUGUCAUUUUAUUCAUCAAUUUCUUUGUGUGUAUUUUAAAUACAUUUCAGUUUUUGGUUUUAUGGUGCUUUUAUUUUAGUUUUUUAAUUUUAAACACAGACACAUGACCAGUUGGAUUUGCACUGGUGAUCACUGGUGAGCACGAUAGUAUUAUGCACGUUUAAUUAUUUACAGUUUUACUGGACAUUCUCACUUUUUUUGCACACUUUAUAAUGGGAGGGGAACAUUUUAUCAGGUCAGUGUACUGUUAAAAAAAUAAACAAUUUCAUUCUA